AUGGUUCUUCUAACAAAGUUAAAAAGAUUAAAGACGAGGUUUCCACCAAAUGGCGUCAAGAGGGCAACCGAAUUCAGUUUGAAUUCAAUACCGAGCUAGAAGAACUUUUGACGCAGGUAAUCUGGGCAGUAGAUAACAGCAAACCUGACUACGCUAAAGAAGUUAUCUUUACCAUUUCCGAUAAGUUGAAGAAGAGGAACAAGCUUAUUAAGUUAGCUGAUACCAGCGAAGGAGGGUGGGGCACGGUAUGUUAUUACGAAGCGAAUCCUUUGGCUAGUGACUCUGAGGAUGAAAAGAAGAUCAAUAGAGCGGAAAGCAAGGCAUUGAAAAAGCGUAAAUUGAGCAAACCUAUUUCGAAGGGAAGUCAUGGCUCCAGCAAAUCUAACGUUAGUAGUGCUGAUUCUGUUUACCGUGCCCAGCCUCUUUUUCGUGGACAACAAUGGGCGUUUCCCCGUGCAGCAUCAGGAGCAGUCAGUCCAGGUUCUUUCAUGCCAACAGCAACCUCUUCCACUGUCAGCCCCUACGGACAAGGAAGGAGUGGGUCGUGUUUUGCGUGUGGAUCCUUCGGCCAUUGGAGGAGAGAUUGUCCCUUCACUAAAGCAGCAGGAAGUGCACCAGGAGUUUCAAAGACCAGUUGUCCAUGAUUUUGUCAAAGAUUUAUUUUUGCAGGCUUAUAAGGAUGACACUUCUGAGCUUCCUGACGAGUUGGCUGGUAAAAUACCAUUGGUUGCUGGAUUUUUGUCUGAGAGUCGGUCAUUGAACACAAUCAAGGGUUAUUAUUCAGCUUUCAUGCGAUGGAAAUUCUGGGCGAAGAAGAACGGCAUUCAAGAGAUUUUUCCGGCAAAAGGUUUUCAUGUUGCUUUGUACUUGUCAUGUUUAGCAGAGCAGUCCAAUUCACCUAGUCCUGUUCAUCAGGCUUUUUACGGGCUUAAAUGGGCUCAUGCCAUUAUAAGCGCAGAGUCUCCUACAGACUCUAGUUUAGUUAAAAAUGUGUUGGAAGGUAUUAAGAGGAGCAAGUCACAGCCAGUUUGCAAAAAAGAGCCCAUAUCUCCAGAUAUUUUGGAAAAAAUGUUUGAUGCAAAUUUUGAAGAAGGGAAUGUGUAUUCUCAACGUACUAUAUGUGCUUGCUUGCUUUCUUAUGCAGGCUUUCUUAGAGUUUCAGAGCUGUUAAAUUUAAGGAUCAGCGAUGUUUCGUUUCAUGAUUCAUACAUGUCGAUUUUUAUCGAAAAGAGUAAAACGGACAUCUAUAGAGAUGGUUCUCAUAUGGUUAUCGCAAGAACUUAUUCAAAGCUUUGCCCUGUAAAAAAUUUAGAGAGAUUAUUCUCUUAUGCGAAUCUUGAGCAUUCGGAUUUGUAUCUUUUCAGAUCUGUCACCAAGCACUUCAACAGCUAUCGUUUUAGAGAUGACGAUAAGCCUAUUUCAUAUACUAGAAUGAGAGAAUUAUUCAUUUCCUCUUUUUCUCCUUUUGUUAAANAAAGGUUAUUAUAA